AUGACAAAAUCUUUAUUCGUGUUGGCAUUGAUGUGCUCAUUGGCAACAUGUAUCCUUGUCGGUACAUCCACCCAUGCUGCAUAUACUUUCAAUUCAGUUCUUGAUCACUUUUCAUCCUCCUACUUGGAAUCCUAUCUCAAAUUUAAACAAGUGUGUCAAGCAGCAUCUGGCUAUGCUUAUAGUGAAUAUCAACUUCCAUAUUUGAAGGGCGUGAGUGGUGAAGAUUUGUUCAUGUCGGUCUGUUUCCAACAAGAUAAGGCUACUCAACUCAAGAAUGCUGCCGAGUCAAAUGUGUUCAUUACCUAUUCAGGUACCCAUGGUGUGGAAGGUUUCAUGGGUAGUGCUGUUCAAAUCUCUCUCAUUCGUAAUGAAACUUCUCGUGGUUACAUUCUCCCAACCAACACCUAUGCUUUGCAUAUUCACAUGUUGAAUCCAUACGGAGCAAGUUACUUUUAUAAGGAAAAUGAAAACAAUGUGGACUUGUUGAAGAAUAUCAAUACUCACUAUAAGGAUUUCUCGAGCUGGAAUGUGAGUGGAAAUGUCAUUUUGGAACAAUUCAUUGAUUCUCUCAAUAUUCCACAAAUUCAUUUGCCUCAAGUGGCAGCACAAGCUCAAAACGCAUUCAUGACCAUGAUUCAACGUUAUGGUAUGAAUGGAUUUACCUAUGCUUCAGUGGUUGGACAAAAGACACGACCAGAAGGUAUUAGUUAUACUGGUGCCAGAGAUGAAUGGACCACUACCACUGUUCAAUCUAUUUUGAGUACCUAUGUCAAAUCCUUCUCCUCUCCAAAUUUGAAGAGAAGAAGAAUUGUCUUGGUCGAUAUUCAUACUGCAGUCGGUGCUUUUGGUGGAAUUUAUGCCAUGUAUGAGAGUAAUGAAUUGGAGUUUGCUAAAAUGUUCUUACAUCCAGAUUCCAUUCAUUUGAAUUUGUUCCCAAAUCCACCUGGACAUAAUCCUGGAUAUUACUUGAAGGAGUAUUCACAUCUCUCAGAAGCUACCAGUGCCAAUGUUUCCAUCUUGUCCAGUGCUUGGGAAGUUGGAACCUAUCCACAAGAUCAAUUCCAAAAUUAUUUAAUUUCUCAAUUGAAUUGCAGAUUUUAUCCAAACGUUCCAACGAGUGAGAGACCUGCUCAAGUGUGUCCAUACAUUUAUCAACAAGUUCGUGAAUAUUUCUAUCCUCAAAGUGAUGAUUGGAAGCAUUGGGGUUUUGGAAAUAUUACUGAGGGAAUGAGAACCACUUUGAAAGGAAUGGAAACUUGGAGAAAGACAGACGGAACUAAUAUUGUCAAUGCUUCCUCUUCAAUGCUAUUGAUUUCAUUCCAAAACAUGAUGGCCAUGUUUGUAUUGGUUGUUUUGACCUUUGUCAUGACUCUCUAA